GCCCUAUCCGUACCUUAUCCCCUUCAUCGUCCUCCUCUCCCGCAAUGUGAGCGUUUACGCUCACGUCGCAAACCCCUUCGCCCAUGUCGCCUCUCCUAAACCCCUCCAAAACCCUAAUCCUAAGUCACCCUCUUCUCCGCCCCAAUCUCAAAUCCCCCCCCUCCGUCCUCCUCUCCGGCGACCGAAUCCCCCUUCGGAGCCGCUCCAAUGGCCUCCGCCGCAUCGCGUCGAAGCUGAGGACCUCCGAAGGUAGCAAGGGAGGAGAGGCCCCUGGGAAAGCUACGAAGAAGAAGGAGAUCGUCUUCUUCGAAGCGGCGGCGCCCCCCGUGGCGGAGGAGAGUCGCGGCAUCGCGGGGAAUGAAGGAAUUCGCGAGGGGAAAGAGGGGUUUGGUGGGGUUCCUCCGUGGGGUUUCCUUAAAACGGCCCCGAAGAGGGUUUUGGCGUUGCUCUCGAACCUCCCCCUGGCGAUCGGCGAGAUGUUCGUGAUUGCGGCAUUAAUGGCUUUGGGCACGGUCAUAGAUCAGGGUGAGGCCCCAGAUUACUACUUCCAGAAGUAUCCGGAGGAGAACCCUGUCUUCGGAUUCGUUACGUGGAGAUGGGUUCUUGGACUUGGGUUCGAUCACAUGUUCAGCUCCCCUGUUUUCCUCGGCAUGCUGGUCCUCCUUGCGGCAUCUCUCAUGGCCUGUACAUACACAACUCAGAUCCCUUUGGUUAAAGUUGCUAAAAGAUGGUCAUUCAUACAGUCGACAGAGUCUAUCCGUAAACAAGAGUUUGCGGACUCUCUUCCACGAGCAUCCAUUCAGGACUUGGGCAUUAUCUUGAUGGGUGCCGGAUACGAGGUAUUCACUAAGGGGCCAUCUUUAUACGCUUUCAGAGGAAUGGCAGGUCGAUUCGCUCCAAUAGGCGUGCACUUAGCUAUGCUUUUGAUAAUGGCAGGAGCUACACUUAGUGCUACUGGAAGCUUUCGAGGCUCUGUCACUGUCCCCCAAGGCCUCAAUUUUGUUGUUGGAGAUGUAAUGAAUCCAAGCGGUUUUCUUUCUUACCCACCACAAGUAUUCAAUACUGAAGUCCAUGUUAACAAAUUCUAUAUGGAGUAUUAUGACAGUGGAGAGGUUUCACAAUUCUAUACCGAUAUUUCACUAUUCGACCUCGAUGGGAAGGAAGUGAUGAGGAAGACCAUUAGGGUGAAUGAUCCUUUAAGAUAUGGAGGGAUUACAAUUUACCAAACAGAUUGGGGUUUUUCAGCACUCCAAAUAUCAAAAAAUGGUGAAGGGCCGUUCAACUUGGCCGUGGCUCCCUUAAAGUUGAAUGGUGACAAAAAGCUUUUCGGAACAUUCCUACCAACUGGAGAUACUGAUUCUCCUAACGUGAAGGGAAUAUCGAUGCUGGCUCGUGAUCUACAAUCCAUUGUGUUAUAUGAUCAAGAGGGUAAAUUUGCGGGCAUACGCAGACCUAACUCCAAACUUCCUAUUGAGAUCGAUGGUAUGAAAAUUGUUAUUGAAGAUGCUAUUGGCAGCAGCGGCCUCGAUUUGAAGACGGAUCCUGGGGUGCCGAUUGUAUAUGCUGGAUUUGGUGCUCUAAUGCUCACAACUUGCAUUAGCUAUCUGUCACACUCACAGAUAUGGGCCCUCCAAGACGGGAGUACAGUUGUUGUGGGAGCGAAGACGAAUCGAGCAAAGCUUGAAUUUAACCAGGAGAUGAACCGCUUACUUGACAAAGUACCUGAGCUUAUUGGCAGUGAUGAUACCUCUAAUAGCUGAUUGGUUGGUUUGUAUAUUCUCAUUUCUGAUGCAUACCGAGUGGUUCUAUCCUCGGGUUUUUCAAGCAGCUAAUUACAUCAAUUAUAUUCGAGAUUGUGUUGCUUUGUUGGAAAAGGUUCCAGCUUUCGAUGCUGAGCUAUUCUGAUACCAAAGCUAAAUGUUAUCAGAAGAUAUUCAACUUAAAACCUGCAAACAAAGUAAUCUCUAUAGAAAGAUUGCACAAGAUCGUGCAAUUCAUACUUCAAUUUUUUGAGAACAUUAAGAGGAUCAUUUGCUGUAAAUUCAGUGGCUCACUGAAUACGAAUGUGUAUUGUAAUUCCACUGUAAUUGGUUGGGAACGGGAUUUUCUACACUUCAGGAACUAUUCAAAGCUGCAAAUCACUUGUAUUCCUGUAAAAUACUUGUUUCUGUAAGAGCGAAAGAUCAUCUUGUUAACCAUAUAAA